UCUCACCCACUCUGGAGCUAGCCAGAGGUGGUAUUUGCCAGUUCUCUGAACUACUCCAAAUUUCUGCUACCGGUUCUCCAGAACCUGUCAGAACCUGCUGGACAGCACCCUUGGCUCUGAUAGGCUAUGUGCCUAAGAGCUACUCUGUAUUGAGACCUAACCAUAGAGGCACAGAUCACACCCAUUUACAAAUAGGUAUGAGAUUGCAUAGGAACACGUGUCCAGCAAACAAAUACUUGAGGCCUUCUCAGAAAAUGAAUCUAUUCAUCCUAAUUUCUCCUUUUUCUCUAGAACACUGUCCUAAUUUCUGUUUUCUCUCUAUGUAUAUUUGUCAUAUAUGAAAAAAAAACCUUAAAUGGAAAAGAGCAGUAUCCUUUUAUAUAUCCUGAUGAAUUGCAAUCUCAUCUCUUCUCUUCAGCUCAACCAUUUUGUGAAAAUAAUCUCAUUUAACAACAGUGUUGGGGAAACAGUUUUCUUCAAUCAAAAUGGAGAAAUGGAAACUGGAUUUGAUAUUCUCAAUCGGGUAAUAUUCCCAAACUUUUCUUUCCUUAGAGUCAGAGUUGGAGACAUACAACCCUUGUCUCUUGCAGAAAAAACAUUUACUAUUUCAGAGGAAAUUAUAAUCUGGCCAAAGUGGUUUAACCAGACAAAGCCUAUUUCUCUUUGCAAUGACCAUUGUCAUCCAGGUUAUAGGAAGGCCAAAAAGGAAGGGAAACCAUUUUGCUGCUAUGAUUGCCUUCCUUGUCCAACAGAGAAGAUUUCGAAUCAGAAGGACAUGGACAACUGCAUUCAGUGUCCACUAGAUCAUUAUCCAAAUGAGGAGCGAAAUUUCUGCCUUCCAAAAUUUGCAACAUUUUUAUCCUAUGAAGAAAUGCUGGGGAACAUUUUUACCAGCUUUAUUAUUACUUUUUCUAUUAUUACUAUUUUGCUGCUCUGGCUCUUCAUUAAACACAAUGACACACCUAUUGUGAAGGCCAAUAAUGAGACCCUCACGUAUAUUCUUCUCAUCUCUCUCCUGCUCUCAUUUCUCUGUGCUUUGCUAUAUAUUGGUCAGCCUCGCCAAUGGACAUGCCUUCUUCGGCAAGUUACUUUUGGCAUUAUCUUCUCCGUGGCAGUUUCUAGAAUUUUGGCAAAGACUAUCAUUGUAAUUCUUGCUUUCAUGGCUACCAAGCCAGGGUCCAGAAUUAGAAAAUGGAUGGGGAAGAGACUGGGUCUUUCUAUUGUCCUUUCUUGCUCUUUUAUUCAGACCAUUAUUUGUACAGUAUGGCUAUCAAUCUCUCCCCCAUUCCUAGACGUUGACAUGUAUUCCAUGCCAAAGGAAAUUGUCUUGAUAUGUAAGGAAGGGUCAACCGUCAUGUUUCACUGUGUCCUUGGUUUUAUGGGUCUCUUGGCAAUUAUCAGCUUCCUGGUGGCUUUCCUGGUCAGGAAGUUACCAGACACCUUUAAUGAAGCCAAAUUUAUCACCUUCAGCAUGUUGGUCUUUUGCAGUGUCUGGCUGUCCUUUGUUCCAACCUACUUGAGCACAAAGGGAAAAUAUAUGGUGGCUGUAGAGACCUUCUCCAUUCUGUGCUCCAGUGGGGGAUUAUUGGCUUUUAUCUUCUUCCCAAAAUGUUACAUUAUUCUGGUGAGGCCUGAUUUAAAUAAAAAAGAACAGCUAAAAGGGGGGGGGGGGAAACUAAACAAUUUGCCAUAAGAAUAAUUUCCGUCCUCUAUAACUGUAAUUGAAUAGAAUUU